AUAAAGCCGCUUAUUGGAGUGAGAAUAUUUUACUAAAAUUAUCUAAACCAAAAAACAUUCCUAAAGACACAGAAUUAAUUGUUAGAUGUUGGGAUAAUAGAGUUAAAGGAAGAGAUGGAAUCUUGACUGAAAUAAAAAUAAAUCUAAUUAAACUUGAUCCUCAUGAAAAUAAAGUAAAAUUGAUAUCAAAAGAUCACAAUUACGAAAUUAACUUUGAAGUUUAUUAUAUAUUAAAUGAAAAUCCAAAAGCUUCAUCAAAAAUAUUAAAUGAUCUAAAGCUUAAAAAAAAUGUGGCUGAUUCAAGCGGAAUUCCUGGCCGUGUAGAGAUAAAGUUUGACGAUGAAAUCCAUUCAACCAAAGAUCAUUAUAAAACAGUAAAACCAACUAAAUGGAAAUAUCCAAUUUCAUUUCUAAUAAAACAUAGCUCUAAUAUUUUAACAAUAACACAACGUCUAUCGUUGUUAAGUCAUACACAUCCGCAUAUUAGUUUAAAGCUCAAUUCAUACUCUAGCACUCUCGAGAAAAAAUUUUGUGAUGAUUUGUCACAAACAGGUUUCACAAAAAGUAAUAUUUCUAAAUCAAUAUCUUCAAGAAACUCAACAGCUUCUUCUUUUUCCUCAUCCUCUAAUGAUAAUAGUCUCACUAGCAAUUCAUCAAAAAUACAGCUAUUGUCAUCAUUUGAUAAUAGAUCAACAUCACAACAAUCAUCAACACGAAUUCAACAAAAGAUUUCAAAUAUACAUAAUAUUUUUUCAUUUAACACCAACAACUAUAAAUAUUUGGUAAAUAAAUCAACAUCAUUACUGCCUAACAAUAACAAUAAUAAUAAUCAAAGGAUAAUUUCAGAUAAUUAUGUUAUACGAAAUGUGUUACUAAAUAAUUACAAUAACAACAACAAUAAUGACGAAGAAUAUAAGAUUUAUACCGGCAAAAAUAUUAGAAAUGAUGAUAUUGUCAUAAUUAAAGCGUUCAAUUCUUGCAUAAAAAUGGAAUUGUUGUAA